CGCCGGUCUAGAGCCGGCAGCGCUGCGGCGGAGCACCAACCGAGCUCCGAUCCCACCCCGCUCCCAACCGCGCGGCCCUGUCCAUGGCGCGCGCGGUGCGGCGGCGAGCCCCCAUGCAUUCCCGCCGCCGGAGCGCGGCCUGCUAAGCGACGACAAUUCCUCUCCCUCUCCUAAAUCCACUCCCCCACGUGUCUUCAUGGGCCCUCCGGCCUACACCGCCUCCCCCUGCACGGGGUCUGCCCUCUUCUCCAACACCCGAGCGCCGCCGCCGCCACCGCGGCUUCUUAUCCGAUGGGGCCCGGGGCCGCCGUCGGCCGUGGGGAGGCACGGAGGCCGCGUAACUCCGUCGCAGGAGAGGCGCGGCCCCGCCCCGUCGCAGGAGAGGCGCCGACCCGCUCCGUCUCAGGAGAGGCGCCGCCCCACGGAGUCUUCGUCCCAGUCUCACCAGCUCCAGGAACGGAAGCGGCACUGGAAGGCGGGGGAGUUCCCGGGGACCGCUGCCGAUGGAGGAGGUGGCGGCGGAAGGCGCCCCGCACUAGGGAACCGGCAUUCGAAGGCCGGGGAGUUUCCCGGGACGGACGGCGUCCGCCCCGCCCCCGCGCCGCCGCAGGGGAAGCGGCACUGGAAGGCCGGCGAGUUCCCGGGCGCCGCCGCCGCCCCCGGUUCGGGGACGCCGAGGACUCCCCUCAAGAACGUCAAGAAGCGGCUGGACGCCCGCGCGGACGCCAAGGCGUGGGCGUGCACCGUCACCGAGGCCCUCGCGGACCGCGUCAGCUCCAAGAACUGGCAAGAGGCGCUCCAGGUCUUUGAGAUGCUCAAGGAGCAGCCGUUCUACCAUCCCAAAGAGGGCACCUACAUGAAGCUCAUCGUGCUGCUGGGCCGGUCAGGGCAGCCGACCCGUGCACACCAACUCUUCGACGAGAUGUUGCAGCAAGGAUGCCAGCCCACCCCCGAGCUCUACACCGCCUUGAUCGGGGCCUACUGCCGAAGCGGCCUACUGGACGAGGCACUCCAGCUCCUCAACGACAUGAAGAGCUCCCCUUUAUGCCAGCCUGACGUCUACACCUACAGCACCAUCAUCAAGGCCUGCAUUGACGCUGCCAGGUUCGACCUCACCGACGCCAUGUACAAAGACAUGGCGGAGCGCUCCAUAUCACCCAACACGGUCACACAGAACAUCGUCCUCAGCGGCUACGGGAAGGCCGGGCGGUUGGACGACAUGGAGCGAGUGCUCUCCGACAUGCUCGACAGCGUGUCAUGCAAACCGGACGUUUGGACCAUGAACAUCAUCCUCAGCCUCUUCGGGAACCGGGGCGAGGUUGAACUGAUGGAGAGAUGGUACGAGAAGUUCCGAGGCUACGGGGUCGAGCCGGAGACCCGCACGCUGAACAUCCUGAUUGGCGCCUACGGGAAGCGGCGGAUGUAUGACAAGAUGUCCGCAGUCAUGGAGCACAUGCGCAAGCUCGCGUUCCCGUGGACGACCGCGACGUACAACAACGUGAUCGAAGCAUUUGCUGAGGCCGGCGACGCCGGGAACAUGGAGCACGCGUUCAACCAGAUGCGUUCCGAGGGCAUGAGGCCGGACACUAAGACCUUCUGCUGCCUGAUCGACGGGUUCAGCAGGGCAGGCCAGUUCCAUAAGGUGGUGGGCAUGGUGAAGCUCGCCGAGAGGCUCGACGUGCCCGUGAACACGCCUUUCCACAAUGCUGUUCUUGGCGCGUGCGCUAGAGCGGACGAUCUCGUGGAGAUGGAGAGGGUGUUCAGGCGCAUGAAGCAUACGCAGUGCGAGCCUGAUGCUUCGACGUACUCUAUCUUGGUGGAGGCUUAUCGCAAGGAGGGAAUGACCGACAAGAUCUAUGCUCUGCAUCAGGAGAACCCGGCUCUGGUUCCAGCUGAUUUUGUCAUGGUUUGAAUGACCCAGUGACUGAGUCACGGUCCUGAAAUUUUAGAGCUUGGUUGCAUUGGUUGAGAAUCUUCUUGCUAUCCACCAAACAGAGUGGCGGCCAUUCUUCAACUCCAUUUUUUUUGUCUGUUGGUAUGCAGAGCUAGUAUAGACGUCUCCUCCAACUCAAGGGGGGUGAAAGUGCGUCAGCAACGUACGGGUAUUCAUCUAGUUUGAUAUAUUCCAAGAAAAACAAAGACCAAUGCAGGAGAAGAUGGACAAUGUGACACAGAAUAAUCUCUGGAAAAUAGAUACCUGGAAGCUUCCUCGUCAAACAAGACUAUUAUGAAGACUACAAAAGCCGCCCGCCCGUUCGACAGCGAGCUAUAUAUGAGCUGUCUGGAACACGAUUUCCCCCCUCUGUUCCUGCGUUUUUCAUGCACGAAUAAAUCUGAGCUGAUUUCUG